GACGUUUUAUAAAGUUCGAAACUAGAUAUCUUUGCCUGGAUUGUUGAAAAGUUAUCUCUUGACUCGACACUCGCUUAAUCCACCCGUCCCUUGGGGUUUGACAUUCCAACAUGCCUCACUAUACGUCAGGCAUGGGGAUAGUCCCGCGUGACGGGACUGACCAGUUUCUCAAACUUAUACAGAACCCCUUCAAUACAUCAUUGAGUGAAAAGGCGUUCUGGUCAUCUUUUGGUUAUUCUUUCGGCGCAGCGUUGCUUUUUGCCCUUCUUUUCUGUAUACUUCGCCCGUACAACGGUACUGUAUAUGCGCCUCGGCUGAAACAUGCCGAUGAAAAACAUGCACCGCCGCCGGUGGACAAGGGUGUCUUCAGCUGGGUAUCGCCUGUGGUGAAAACACGCGAACAAGUGCUCGCUGAAAAGAUAGGUGUUGAUGCUACUCUUUUCUUGCGAUUCACCAAGAUGUCUCGCAAUCUUAUGGUGGUUCUCUCCGUCAUCGGCUUAGGUGUCUAUAUCCCUCUCAACCUCGUUCAAAACACCAAGAACGGCGCACUGGAUCAUACCAACGUUUUCAUCCGUCUCACACCCUUGGGUGUAUGGGGAGCUGCCUGCUGGGCGCAUGUCACAGUCUCUUACGUGUUCGACAUUAUCGUAUGUCUUUUUAUCUGGUGGAACUACCGUGCAGUUAUCCACCUUCGGCGCGGAUACUUCGAUAGCCCCGAGUAUCAAGAAAGCUUGCACGCGAGGACACUAAUGGUUACCGAUAUCCCUGUCACCCACCGAACUGACACUGGUAUCUCACAACUUAUCGACGAAGUUGACAGCUCUGGAAAUCAAUUCGGAAUUGUUGCCCGUAACGUUAAAGGCCUCCCAGAGCUUAUUGAAGAGCAUGAUGAGGCCGUCAGAGAACUGGAAUCGAUCCUCGCCAAGUACCUGAAGAAUCCUGAUAAGUUACCGGCUAAGCGGCCUCGAUGCAAGACCCAGAAAGGAGACCCAUGUUAUAGCGAAGUUACCAAAAUUGACGCAAUUGAAUACCUUACAUCCCGAAUCGAACGACUGAAGGCAGAUAUCGUCGAAAAGCGGAAGUCGGUUGAUCAACAGAAAGCACUCUCUUACGGAUUUGCCAGUUACCCAAGCAUUGAAGAAGCGCACGAUGUCGCAUAUGCUGCCAGGAAUAAACACCCAAAAGACACUACGAUCCAACUUGCCCCGAAGCCAAGCGAUUUGAUAUGGGAGAAUCUCCCUCUAGACCGCCACCGCCGGCGGUGGGGUGCCUUCAUGAAUAAUUUUUGGGUUAUUGUUCUUACCGUAGUCUGGACGGUGCCUAAUGCGCUCAUAGCUGUCUUCCUCGCCAACUUGAGCAAUCUUGGAUCUGUGUGGCCUACAUUUCAGGAUCAACUUCAAAAGAAUCCCAAAACUUGGGGCGCGGUGCAAGGUAUUCUUGCACCUCUGGUAACAACGUUAUUCUACUUAGUCCUUCCCGUCAUUUUCCGUCGACUCUCUGCAUAUGCCGGUGAUUAUUCGAGGACUGCUCGCGAAAGACACGUCACUCAAAAGCUUUACGGCUUCUUCAUUUUCAACAACCUUAUCGUAUUUUCCCUCUUCUCCACGGCCUGGAAAUACGUCGCUGCUGUAAUGGAAGCUGAAGGCGAUGGGGAUGUUUGGUCGGCUAUCGUCAACUCGGAUCCAUUUGGUAAUCUGCUCACAGCAUUCUGCGACGUUUCGCCUUUCUGGCUCAAUUACCUUCUUCAACGCAAUUUUGGAGCUGCACUGGAUCUGUCACAGCUUCUCAAAUUGACGAAAGGAUACGUUACGCGGAAGUUAUUUAGUCCAACCCCCCGCGAACGCAUUGAGCUCUCAGCGCCACCACCAUUUGAUUACGCUGCCUACUACAACAACUUCCUCUUCUACACUACAAUAGCUUUAGUUUUCGCACCUUUCCAGCCCUUGGUGCUCCCUGUUACCGCACUCUACUUCGCACUUGAUGUUUACACAAAGAGCUAUCUGCUGCUAUACGUUUUCGUAACGAAACAUGAAAGUGGUGGGACAUUCUGGCGCGUCCUUGUUAAUAGGCUACUCUUCGCAACAUUACUUGCGAACGUAGUAACAACCAUCUUUAUCAUAGCUCGGCGCGAAUCAAUUACUCAAGUUAUUCUGAUGAUUCCACUAGUCGCUAUUAUAGCAGCUUUCAAGUGGUACUGUCGGCGCACCUUUGAUGAUGAGAUGUAUUUCUACUCGAAGGGCUUGCAUCGUAUAGAUAAGGAGAACUUGCCGACUAAGCCGAAAAAUGAUCGCGUUGCGGUGCGUUUUGGUCAUCCGGCGUUGUACAAAAAGCUUAUGGUACCCUUGGUUCAUGAAAAGGCCAACCAUAUCCUCAAGGAGAUCCUUCGCGACCAAGCAGAUCCGGAUUUCGAGGAUGCAAACCACUAUGGCGAUACGUACAGAAUGCAGAGGCUGUCUACACAUCGUUCACGAAUCGACGGUGCAGGUAACAACACUACGUUUGAAGUUGUUAAUGAGUCGCAAAUGAACUUUGAACAUUUCCGCGAUCGGGAAGAGUUUCGCGAGUUUGGCGGUGAUGGUGAUUUGUUUAGCAAUCCAUCAUCAAGAUCCGGAUCACCUGCCCCUUGGCAGUAUUCUCGUUCUAACUCGAACAUGUCCGUGCCACGUCACGCAGACGCUGCAAAGGAGUCAGAGUACGAAGGUGCCACAUAUCCAACCGGUUAUCACCCCCCAUCAACAUUUCGACCGAUGCCGUUGACACGCCAGCCUUCUGAGAUGUCUACGGACCAGUAUCGUACAAUGGGCAGACAAGGUGACCUCUCAGACGUGAACUUGUUAGAUGAUGCAGCUCCGCUGGGAAAAGCCACUUCUAGUCAGUCACACAUAUCAGAUACACAUAAGACUGGUUGAUGUCAGAACGAGUCAUGUCAUUGAAUGCCGGCGUAAGGGAGCAUUUGCAUAUAGAUUUUAUCUAGGAACGGUCAACGGCGUAUCCCCAACAUGGUCACCAUGACACUAAUUUUAUUAGUCUACAUUUCAUAUCCUGGUUUACAUCUUGUUCCUAGAACUGGUUCGGAAUCCACGAGUAACUGGGGAAAUGACUAUACGGCGAGCCUUGACUCACGAAACGAGCAUUUAUAGACGAUUUUUGACAUAGCAUUAUCAAAUAUUAAUUAUGGAAAAAGUUACGUAUCACGAAGACAAGCGAAGA